AAAUGAGGAGCGUUCGUUCUGCUUCGAUGUUCGUCGGUGCCCUCUGAGAGAAGUGGAGUGAAGAGAAGAAGGCGGACGGGAACGGAUGGUCCGAGGGUCUGUCGUUUAGCGAUGAGAUGCGCUGCGUUGCUUGUGCAGGCCGAGAACGAGAGAGCGUGCAGAGAGAGCAGCAGCAGCGCUACUUGAGGAACAGCGAGGAAAGCCCGUUCUUUCGUCCAUCUUCGCUCGUUCGUGGUGGCCACUCACGAAUGAAUGAAUGAACGAACGACCCGGCGGAUGAGCGAGCGAGCGACUGACUGACUGAUUGCCCUUGAUUCGUUCGGCGAUCGCAGAUCUUGAUGAUGGCCUCGUGAAUCACUCUGUCGGUCGGGCGGUCGACUAAUCUUGUUUUGAUUUUGCCAUACCAGGCAGUGGCAAGGAAAAGGAAGAGACGAGAGAGAACGGAGAGCAGCGAAAGAGAAGGAGCCUUCCGUUUGUGUCUGUCUUAUGCCAUUGGCGGUGGCAUUGGCCGGUUUUGCGGUGUUCUUCUGGCAAGAUCGCCGUAAGGUUUCCGGCGCGUGAGCGUCUUGGUCUGGUGAUGGCGUUGGAGUUCUUGUAAGAAUUGUUGGUAUUGUACGGAUUGUUGCGCCGUGGACGAGCGGAAAGAGAGUGGUCGAUUGUCCAGACCCUUUUUGUUGGGUCUUCGCGGAAGCUAGAGAAAGGAGAACUCGGUCAAGAUGUUUUCCAGCAGUAAGCUUAAGGCAAUUGACUUCUACAGGAAAAUACCUAGAGAUUUGACAGAGGCGUCUCUUUCUGGUGCAGGCUUGUCAAUCAUAGCUGCAUUUGCUAUGGUUUUCUUGUUUGGAAUGGAACUCAACAGUUACCUAAGUGUCGCAACAUCAACCACAGUGGUCGUGGAUAGAAGCAAAAACGGGGAACAUCUCCGCAUCGAUUUUAAUGUUAGCUUUCCGAAUUUAUCUUGUGAGUUUCUUUCUGUUGAUGUCCAUGACGUACUUGGAACUGUCAGACAAAACCUCACCAGGACAGUUCGGAAGUAUCCAAUAGACUCCAAUAUGAAUCGAGUAGGUCAAGAUGUACAUGUUGGACAUUUACCAACGAUUAGGAAUCACGGGGAUCACCACGGAGACGAGGAACUUGCAGAAGGUGUUGGAGAAGGAGCCGUCGAGUUGGGUGUGGAUAACUUUGACACUUAUGCUCAUGAGUUUCCUAUCUUGCUUGUCAACUUUUAUGCCGGAUGGUGUUCAUGGAGUCAACGCUUGAAACCGUCAUGGGAGAAAGCAGCGCAGAUUAUUCACGAAAGAUAUCACCCGGACGACGACGGGCGAAUCAUGUUGGGAAAGGUUGACUGCGCCGAAGCAAGGAAUCAGUUGCUGUGCAGAUCGCAUCACAUUCAAGGAUAUCCGUCCAUCAGAGUCUUUCGCAAGGGCCAGGAUGUCAGGGACGCACAAGGGCGUCAUGACCACGAUUCAUAUUACGGUGAACGAGACACUGACUCGCUGGUGGCGUUUGCUGAAACGUUGGUCCCAGUUCCAACGGGGGCUGGAACUCUAGCUUUGGAAGAUAAGAGUGAGAACAACUCUACUGUCAAGAGAUCAGCUCCUAAGUCAGGUGGCUGUCGGGUUGAAGGAUUUGCCAUGGUGAAGAAGGUCCCAGGAAGCAUUAUUAUUGCAGCUCGGUCAACCUCCCAUUCUUUUGAUGCAGCAAAGACGAAUAUGUCACAUUACGUUCAGUCAUUUUUUUUCGGUCGUAAGCUUUCGUACACACUGGCGAAGGAGGUCUAUCGUGUUUAUCCAUUACUUGAUGGCGUAGAGGAGACUCUCACUGGACAUAUGUACACUUCACCUCAUGAAAACAUAACAUUCGAUCAUUACCUGCAGGCAGUAAAGACGGAGGUAAUAUCACUGAAAAGUUCGAAGGAUUUCAAAUUGUUGGAAGAGUACAACUUUGUUGCCCAUAGCGCUGAGUUACAGACAGCGGACGUUCCUGUGGCCAAGUUUCAGUAUGAGUUAUCUCCAAUGCAGGUGCUCGUGAGUGAAACUCCCAAGUCUUUCUCUCAUUUUAUUACAAACGUUUGCGCAAUAAUUGGAGGAGUCUUCACGGUUGCAGGCAUCAUCGAUUCGAUGUUGCACAGUGCCAUUCGCAUGGUGAAGAAGGUUGAACUGGGUAAACAGUACUGAUUUCUCUCAACUGCGGCCUAGUUAAUUGAUCGUGAGCUGUAUUGAACUAUUUGGUGCAAUAAUCUUAGCAUGUAGGAGAGGAUUCCAUGUCCUUCACUUGUCAACCUGAGGUGGUCAUCAGUAUCAUGGUCUGGUCUUGAACCCGUCCGAUCAGUCGCCACUUCUCGCCAUUAUGGUUGGUCACCCUCCGCGGUCAAAGCAUUUGAUAUAGAAGACUUCAUUGACCUUCUGCCGCAGGGUCAUUGGUAUAAUUUCAUUCCCCUAUGUAUCACGUCUGACAAAGGGUAGAACGGCACACUGGGAGCUGAUAAGUCUGUAGGAAGGGAAACAACAGGCGAUUUCCUUAAGCCCACUGCGGAAGCACAUUCCAUAGCCAUGCAUGGAAAUGGCCGUUGUAAAUUUUGAGCUCCCCCGAGCACUUGAAAGGAAAUUAGACAUUAGUGAUGAUGGUUGUAGAAGAGAAAUAAUAUUGUAAUACGUUGUGAGAACUGAGUG